CCACCAAUGUCAGUGCUGAAGUCUGGCUGGCCCCACCGAGAGGACAAUCCCACCCUUGUGGAGCCAGGUCCACCAGCCAACUCAGACAGUGAUUCAGGCCAUCUGCCAGGGGAGGACCCAGAGGAUUCCUCUGCUCAGGGUCCUGCAGUUCUCGGCUUGGGCCUCCCUCACCUGGACACCAAUCAAGCCCCCAACUGGCCUGGGCUUCGAACUCUCCUGCAGCAGCUCCCUCCACAGGACAGUGAUGAGUGCUACUGCCUGGCCCUUGGGGAGGAGGAGCUGGCCGAGCUGCGGCUCUUCUGUGCCCAGCAGAAGCAGGAGGCCCUGGGACAGGGGGUGGCCCACUUGGUACCUCCCAAGCCUGAAGGACACACCUGUGAGAAGUGCAGGGAGCAGCUGAAACCAGGGGAGUAUGCAGUGUUUGCAGCCCGGGCCAGGGAGCAGCGCUGCUGGCACCAGCCUUGCUUUGCCUGCCAGGCCUGUGGACAGGCCCUGAUAAACCUCAUCUACUUCUACCACGAUGGGCAUCACUACUGUGGCUGUCAUCACGCUGAGUUGUUACGGCCACGCUGCCCAGCUUGUGAUCAGCUUAUCUUCUCCCGGCAAUGCACCGAGGCGGAGGGACGGCGCUGGCACGAGAACCACUUCUGCUGCCAGGACUGCGCCGGGCCCUUGGGCGGGGGACGUUAUGCAUUGCCGGGGGGCAGCCCCUGCUGCUUCGGCUGCUUCGAGAGCCGCUACUCGGAUACAGUCUCAAGCCCAGCCGGGGCACUGGAAGGGCGGACAUCCCUUGCGGAGGCGGAACCCGACCGAAUCGAAGGAAAAAACCGUGCCUCCUUGAAGACAGUGACAGUCCCCGUAGCAGCCCUUCUCUCCGCCUCUACCGUCGGCUCUAGCCUGAAAACUCAAAGGGGGCUGCUUGGGUCUAGUCCUGAGCAGGAGUGCCGAGCUGAGGACCUGGCGGAGGCACCCAAAGGGCGGGAGCAAGACCGCCUGGAGGCGCCCCAAAGUCCCAAGGAGGACGCCCCCUGCUUGACCUGCUCCUCUUCCUCUGACUCAGAACCCGAAGGCUUUUUCUUAAGCCAGCGCCUUCCCCGGCCCUGGAAGACCCCCAGAAGCCUCCAAGCAGGAGACAGCGACACCUCCAGGAAGCAUUGCAGCAUUUGCUAGUGGCGCAGCCUAAAGAUCUGUAAGGCGGAGAAAGGGGGUUCUCCUUCCCUAUGUAAAUUCUAGCCUGAACGCAAUCAGGGAUACGCCUGGAAGAGGCGGCGAGAUGACAAACUUGGAGUGCGCCCCCCUCAGCACCGCGCGUUCUAUGAUUUUUUAAUGGAAACCUUCUUGGGGAACCCCAUUCCCCAAAGCUGCGCUUCCCCUGCUGAGCUAGCUCCUACCCCCACGCCCACAAACUGGGACAGCCCGGUCCGCAGUAUCCUCCUCCUGAGCCAAUGAAGUGGUCACUCAGCACGUAUGACAGUGACCGUCUGGGGAGCCGGAGGUCUGGAGGGAACCGGGGGUGGAACCUGGAGCAGGGGACGGUAGAGUUGGGCCGCGCUCCGCCCCUUGCAGAGAUCGCGGACGCGCAGCCGGGGGUCGUCCAUCCCUCCCAGGCUUGGAACCAAGCUGGAGCCAUAGCACCCUCUGCCGGCCAGCAGCCGGCGGAAGUGCCAGAACGGAAGUUGCGUGAUCCGCCAGCGCCGAGGAGGUGUGUCCUGCGAAGCCAGUACGGAGCCCGACGGUGGUGCC